AUGUCUAUUGAGACAGAUGCCGAGGAAAUGGCGAGCGUCAACCUCCUGAUGCUGUCUCAUGAUGCGACCACUUUGGCCGCUUGCUUUGGAAAGGGCAAAGUGCAGCCUUGGAAUACACGAACUGGAGUCAUGGAACACAGCUUUGAUUACACUGCUCGAUCGCAUUGCGGGCCUGAUUACUAUAGAGAAGAUGAAACCGGUCACUUUUCACCAGACAGUACUAAAUUUGCCUUCACGUGCUGUAAUGGCAUGUCUGGGAUAUUGGAAGGAGGCUUAACUCCUAAUGAAAUUUAUCCUUCUCUCCACGAUCACCUCGGGAUGUGA